UCAAAACGAAGAAGGGACCCGCACGCAUGCGCACUUGCGAAGCGAAACGGCGCUUGGCCCGUACAAGCUAUACAAUUAAUUAUUUGACAAAAACCCCGAGUUUGAGUUUCAUUUUAUUAAUGUAACUUAAAAACAAAGUCAUUGAUUUAAAAAAUAAAAAUAAAAAAAUACAAGCGAUAGUCGUUUUGGAUUAAGGCGUUUGUUCCGGCAGGACAGUAAAUUAACACGGUAAUGUAUUGCAGUAGUGAAAUUGCCAACGAGUCACUAGAAUAGUGGAACCAAGAGCGACUAGAGUUAUAGAGAACAGAUAACCUGGAGAUCAGCCAGUCCUAAGUCUACUUCCGAGACUUGGAGUGAUAACGUGGCACAAAUCUCGCCAAGAUGGAGUUUGGUGCGAUUCUUGCACUAUCAGUAUUAAUAGGUGCGCUGGUUAUUCUAGUUGCAGUGGCUGUUAGCAGACAGAAAGGUGAAUUAUCUGAGCAGAAUGAACAGAAAAAAGACACAGAUGCACCAGGUAAGUUCCUCCGGGUUUUUGCAUGCAUAAGUUUACUUUUGGAUAGGACUUCUUAUAAAUUGAGAUCACAGUUCUUUCUCAGUUUUGAAGGUACUGUCGGGUAUAGCCCAGGAUGUUUUAAGGGCAUGUAUUUUAUGGUAUUUCUUCAUAAACUGUUGGACAACGUUACAGUGGAGGAAAAUGCAGCGAAAGCGCCUUCAAAAAAGCAGAAGCAACUACAGCGCCCCCGUAAGGAAAGACCGCAGCAGCACACAUUCACGCACCAACUACUGUCUUCUGUUCUAAAGAGUCACAGUGGCAAUGUGACCUGCCUGGACUUUAGUAGCAACGGCAAAUACCUUGCAUCUUGCGCAGAUGACCGUACCAUCAGGAUCUGGAGCACCAAAGACUUCCUGGAGCGAGAUCACAAGUCCUUGCGGGCAAACGUAGAGUUUGACCAUGCCACAUUCGUCCGGUUCAGUCCUGACUCUCGAGCCUUCAUAACUUGGUUGUCCAAUGGAGAGACCAUUCGCAUCUAUAAGAUGAUUAAAAAGGAGGAUGGGACAUUCAAUUUUAAAGCUGCUCCAGAAGAUUUUCCACAGAAGCACAAGGGGAUUGUUAUUAACAUUGGAAUUGCAGAGACAGGCAAAUUUAUUAUGUCUGCCUCUGUUGACACCACCAUUGUGAUCUGGGAUCUGAAAGGAGAGGUUUUAGCUACUAUCAACACUAAUCAGAUGACCAACUCGCAUGUUGCUAUAUCACCAUGUGGCAGGUUUGUUGCUUCCUGUGGCUUUACCCCUGAUGUGAAGGUGUGGGAGGUUUGCUUUGGGAAAAGUGGGGAGUUCAAAGAGGUUGCCCGUGCGUUUGAUCUUAAGGGACACUCAGCUGGCGUUUACUCCUUUGAUUUCUCCAAUGACUCCCGCAGAAUGGUGACCGUGUCCAAAGACGGCACCUGGAAGCUGUGGAACACCGAUGUGGAGUACAAGAAACAGCAGGAUCCAUACUUGCUCCGGACUGUCCCAUGUCAGGUGUCAGAGGGGAGCCGCAUAGCCCUGUCUCCUGACGGUCGUGUAGUAGCCAUAUCGAACGGUUGUGAUAUAGCAAUGUACAAUGCCAACACCGGUGAAUUAGAGAAAGAGUUCCACAGUGUUCACAGCGAAGAGAUAACCGAUCUUAAGUUUGACAUAAACAACCGUUUCCUAGUGAGUAGUGGGGACCGUGCCAUCCGGGUCUUUCAUAAUGUGAUCGGUUACCGUGCUGCCAUCCAGGACAUGCAAAUCAUGCUGAAAAAAGCCUCAAAUGAAGGAAUGAGACAGAGACUCCUGCAGCAGAUUGUGGACGCUCAGACAGCUCUGGACACUGUGUUUAAUGCACCAAAGAACUGAAGUUUGCUUUGUGAACAACUCUCACUGCCGCUGUUGACUGGGACACCAGUCUGUUCUUGGUUUUCAAAAUUAAGUGGCUUUGGCAUGCUGAUUUUAACGAAUAAAUCCAAGUGUUAGUCAUUGGCUUUUUUGUUCACCUUUCACUAAAUGUUAUUUGUGGUCAUCUGUUUGUGGCAUCUUUAAAGGUGAAGUGUGUAAUUUCUGUAAUCUCUAGCACAGUUGUUCUCAAUCCUGUUCCUGGAGGGGGGGGGCCCCCCCCCAACACUGCACAUUUGGUAUAUCUCCCUUUUCUGACACACCCAAUUCAGGUCUUGGAGUCUCCACAAACAAGCUGAUGAGUUGAACCAGGUGUGUUUGAUUAGGGAGAUAUCCAAAAUAUGUAGUGUGGGGGGUGGGGGGCGGCGGCUCCAGGAACAGGGUUGAGAACCACUGCGUCUAGCAUAACUAUACAAAAUUGCUAAAGUAAUGAUUGUUUCUACUGGCUUCCAUUGGUUAGGGAAAGAGAGAGCCCCACCCUAAUCUCACACCACUGGUUGAGCCAAUGUUGUUAUGUUGGGCUGGAUGGUAUUCUGAAACAAACAGAGCAAUGUUUCAAUAGUGUCACCUCUGUCUUUCAGAGAAUGGGCAAAACGCAGAGGUCCAGUUGUGGUUAGAUUAACAUGAAUACAUGGAUGAAGAUGAGAUACAAUAGCAUUUUAUAGGUCUGUUAGUCUGAUUUUGCAAAAGUUGGAUUGGUACAAUUUCUGUCGAACUAAAGCCUUAACAUUAAAAAUAAAAAAUACAUUAUUGUUUUAUUUAGUCCAGCUAAAA